AUGGCUCGAGGAAGCAUUUAUGAUUUUCUUCACAAACAAAAAGGGGUUUUUAAACUUCAAUCUUUGCUCAAAGUGGCACUUGACGUCUCGAAAGGAAUGAACUAUCUGCAUCAAAACAAUAUUAUUCACAGAGACCUAAAGACUGCUAAUCUUCUUAUGGACGAACAUGAAGUUGUCAAGGUUGCUGAUUUUGGGGUUGCCAGAGUGCAGACUCAGUCAGGGGUCAUGACAGCGGAAAUAGGGACUUACCGGUGGAUGGCUCCAGAGGGACUUCGACCGCAAAUUCCGAAGCAAACACACCCAAAACUGACUGAACUUCUCGAGAAAUGCUGGCAGCAAGACCCUGCUCAAAGACCCAAUUUUGCAGAAAUCAUAGAAAUGCUUACCCAACUAAUCCUCGAGGUAAACCUGUACAAACACGAUUCCAGGUAA